GACAGCCUAGAAGUGAUCUAUAAAGAGCCAGAAUCACUUCCGCGGUCUCUCAGUAAACCAAUAACAGUUGAAAACGUACGAUCCUAAUACAUAUAACAUACGAACGCGCCUCCAAUCGACAAAGUUGACCUUGAGAGAAUCUUUGUCGAUAAAUAAAGUGAUUGAGAAUAUCACAAAUUUGUGUUUUGACAAGUGGACAGACCAUGAUUGUGAUUCCCACAUAAUAUUUUCGUCAUUAUUUGUGUUUUGACACGGGCGUGGAUAUAAUACGGCAUAUCCAUAUUAUAAUAUACAACUUUCGUUGCAAUAAUAUUUGAUAUAUUCCAUUUGACAACCUCAGAGUAGUGAGUAAUCAGUGGAUUAUUGAUUCGGUGAGACUUUCAUGCGUGCCAGGGGCAUUGAAUUCAGUGCGAGAAGAGUUGUUAUCUGCGGUGAGAGUAGAAUGGUACUCAGUAAACAUGUGAAAAAUUGCCGCAGGGGCGUCUCGCUGACCAGACGUCUCACAGAAAGUGCAACAGGUAGAAAUGACUCCGAAAACCUGAAAACAAUGGCUGACAAGCUCUCGAACUCGGUGAGCCUCCUCUCGAAAUCAAAGAGUACAAUGUCCCUGCAGAGCCAGUGGAAGGUCCUGGCCCAGCUGAAGGGUUACCUCGCGAAGCCAGAGUACAAGAAUUUCCAGAUAAUCGUCAACAAGUACUGGAUGGAAGCCAUCCAGAGGAUGACGUACCCCUCGACGGAGACAAUGCGAGCGUUUUCCAUGGGGGACAGGCCCAGCGAGAAAAAUACCCCAUCAAACUCCAACGAAAAAACCCCUGACACUGCUGACGAAAUGAGCUCAACUAAAGAUCUCGAGGCGUCAGCCAGCAAAUCGGUUCAGCUGAUGAAGAGCAAGGACAAGGAGGAGCCCCAGAGCCAGUCUCUGACGGCAGAUCAGAUGAUUCAGAACACGAAGGAGCAGAUAAUGUCUUUUCCCCAAGCAGUCAGUGAAUUCUUCGACAGGCUGAAUCCGAAGAAAACGACUCCCUUGAUGACAGUACCAAAAUGGAAGACCAAUAUCAACAACAGCAUCACUAAACACAGCAUUGCCUCCAGGACGAAGCACGUGUUGAAUAGCAUCAGCACAGCUGAGUCGAAUGCCUCGCAAUCCAGGAGGAUCGAGGACCUGCUGACGCACAUCGAGCAGUACCCGGAGGCCAGGCAUCUGGCCCUCAAGGAGGGGGCUAUCACCAUUCUUCUGAGGUUGAGACAGCACGCCAAGGACGAGAGGAUCGCCGAGUCCAUCAGGGAGGCUCUCGCCGUCAUGGGGUAUGUGGAUCCGGUUCCUCGAAAGGGGAUCAGGAUCCUCUCCAUCGAUGGAGGCGGCAUGAGGGGACUUCUCGUCAUUGAGAUGCUGAAGAAACUCGAGGAAUUUACUGGCCAGAGGGUUCAUGAGAUGUUUGAUUAUAUGUGCGGCGUCAGCACUGGGGCCAUUCUUUCGGCUGUUCUCGCCACUAUUCGGGAGUCCAGUGAUACCGGGGGUCACAAGAGGAAGACUCUCGACGAGAUUUCGGAUCUGUACAAGGAUCUGAGUGCCAAGGUUUUCACCCAGGGCGCACUCAGGGGCACCAGUAGCUUAAUGUGGAGUCAUGCUUAUUAUGACACUGCCUUGUGGGAGCAGAUACUCCAGGAACAACUGGGGGACAAAGAUUUGAUCAAGACUCAGCGCGAUCCCAAUUCACCAAAGUUUUCAGCAAUUGCAUCAGUAUUCGAUAACGUCCAGAUAAUGGCGUACAUAUUCAGAAACUACACCCUCCCCCCACGAGUGGAAUCCCAGUACAUGGGCUCACACAGGCACAAGAUAUGGGAGGCUGUUCGAGCCUCUGCAGCGGCACCAACGUACUUCGAGGAGUUCAAGCAUGGAAAGUACAUUCUAUCGGACGGCGGAAUAAUGGUCAAUAAUCCCUGUGCUGUCGCCAUCCACGAGGCUAAAUUGUUGUGGCCAAACACACCGAUACAGUGUGUGGUUUCCUUUGGAACUGGGAGAACACCACCGUCCAUCAACGAUGGGGAUGAGAGCAAGGCCACUAAUGCCUCCAGUUGGAAGGAUAAAUUCGAUAAAAUAUUGGCUAGUGCUACAGAUACCGAAGGUGUGCAUACAAUGUUGAAUGAUCUCCUGCCAGACCACGUCUACUACAGAUUCAAUCCCUACCUCACCGAGAUGCUCCCAAUGCAGGAGACGAGGCCCGAAAAAUUGAGCCAGCUGGAGCAAGACGCAAGAAUGUACAUAAGGAAGAAUGAGGAUAAAUUCCAUCACGCUGCGAUCGCCCUCAACCUGAAGAAACCGAUACCCCAGAAAAUCGUUGAUUUCCUCAAACUGCGAAAGCAACUACUCGGCUUCGACUAGGAAAAUCCCAUAGAAUCGACUGCAUUUUUUUUGUGCCAUACGAUAUCGAUCCUGACUGUGAUAUUAAAUAGACAUGUGUGAUUUUUAUUCACGGAUUAAGUUCAUGUUGGCUGCGUUAUGAAUUCUUGCCAUUGAUUUAUAUUAGUUGAAAAUGUUUCUAGUAUUGCACGUGAUUCAAUAAUAAAUGUACAUGAAAAUGAAUGAAUUAUUCAUUGUGUUAUCAUCAAUGAGUUGUCAUCAAUCUUCUUGUUCCCAAUAAAAUAAUAUUUAAUGACUAAUGA